AUGAAAACUUAUAAUUUUUGGAGUAUUUCCCUACAAUAUUACACUGUUUUUUACUUAUUUCUUAUAUGAAUAGAUAUAGCCUUAUUUUACAACAAAAAUAGUCACUUAAUUAUUAUAAAUUUUCAAAUUGAAAAAUUAAAUGAAUUUCAUAUACAUAAAGCUACUUCAUUAUCCGAUACUUAUCUCAUCACUCAAUCCUUAUUAAUAAUUAUUGCUAAGGAUCUGAAUUGUGUUUAUAAGAAAUUUGAGCCUAAAUCAAAAAUUUUAAGAUCACAAAAUAAUUUAUAUGCUGCAAUUCCUGAAGAAAAUCUAUAUGAUAGAUAUUGAAGAAUUCGAAAAAUUAAGAAAUUUCUAAGCCGUAAAAGCAGAUUCAAAAAGAAAAUUUUAAUUAAUAAUUAUUAG